AUGGAGGUUCCAGCUCUGGAGGUUGGGGCUCCAGCUCUGGCAGUGGUGGCUCCAUCUCUGGAGGUAGCUCUGGAUCAGGAGGUAUCUCAGGAGGUGGCUCAGGGUAUGGAGGGGGAAUCUCUGGAAGGAGAGGCUCCAUCUCUGGAGGAGGAGGAGGAAGCUCUGGAUCAGGAGGUAUCGGAGGAGGAAGCUCAAGUUAUGGAGGAGGAGGAAACUCUGGAGUGGGAUCAGGAUUUGGAGGACGAGGCUCAGGAAGCUCUGGCAGGAGAGGAUCCAUCUCUGGAUCAGGAGGAGGAAGCUCUGGAGGAGGCUCCGGGUAUGGAGGAGGUGGAAGCUCUGGAGGAGGUUGGGGCUCGAGCUCUGGCAGUGGUGGCUCCAUCUCUGGAGGAAGCUCUGGAUCAGGAGGUAUCUCGGGAGGAGGCUCAAGUUACGGAGGAGGAGGAAGCUCUGGAGGGGGAUCAGGAUUUGGAGGAGGAGGAGGAAGCUCAGGUCAUGGGGGUUCCAGCUCUGGAACUGGUGGCUCCAUCUGUGCAGGAGAAGGGAGCUCAGGAGGAAGCUCAAGUUAUGGAGGAGGCGGAAGCUCAAGUUAUGGAGGAGGAGGAAGCUCUGGCAGAAGAGGCUCCAUCUCCGGUGGUGGCAGCUCUGGAGGUGGCUCAGGUUUUGGGGGAGGAGGCUCAGGAUUUGGAGGAGGAAGCUCUGGCAGGAGAGGAUCCAUCUCUGGUGGUGGAGGAAGCUCUGGAGGAGGCUCAGGGUAUGGAGGAGGUGGAAGCUCUGGAGGGGGAUCAGGAUUUGGAGGAGGAAGCUCUGGUCAUGGAGGUUCCAGCUCUGGAGGUUGGGGAUCCAGCUCUGGCAGUGGUGGCUCCAUCUCCGGAGGUAGCCCUGGAUCAGGAGGUAUUUCAGGAGGUGGCUCAGGAUAUGGAGGAGGAGGAAGCUCAGGCAGGAGAGGCUCCAUCUCCGGAGGUAGCAGCUCUGGAGGUGGUUCAGGGUUUGGAGGAGGAGGCUCAGGCUCUGGCAGGAGAGGAUCCAUCUCUGGAGGAGGAGGAAGUUCAGGAGGAGGUUCAGGGUAUGAAGGCAGUGGAAGCUCUGGAGGAGGUUGGGGGUCCAGCUCUGGCCGUGGUGGCUCCAUCUCUGGAGGAAGCUCUGGAUCAGGAGGUAUUGCAGGAGGAAGCUCAACUUAUGGAGGAGGAGGAAGCUCUGGAGGGGGAUCAGGAUUUGGAGGAGGAGGAGGAAGCUCAGGUCAUGGAGGUUCCAGCUCUGGAAGUGGUGGCUCCAUCUGUGCAGGUGAAGGAAGCUCUGGAGGAAGCUCAAGUUAUGGAGGAGGAGGAAGCUCAAGUUAUGGAGGAGCAGGAAGCUCUGGCAGAAGAGGCUCCAUCUCUGGGGGUGGAGGGGGAGAAGGCUCAGGGUAUGGAGGAGGUGGAAGCUCUGGAGGUUGGGGCUCCAGCUCUGGCAGUGGCAGAUGCAGUCCCCAUGGUGGGGGGCUGA